UAUGGUCUGCUGCAGGGUUGAAUGAAUGGGAUGUAAUAGGACUAUGGGUAGAUAGGAUGAGAAAGAUACAAUACAUGAGGGGGCCCCGUCACUCCGCCAUCCCCAAGGGUCCUUUCAAAACCCACGUGGCCAUAUAUGGGACUUGCCAUCAAGUUUCAGCUAACCAUCCAACCAAUCGUUCCUGUCCCGCCUUUUCUCACCGUGUCCAACAUUAACCACCACCCCAUCUCAUCGCCCCAUGACGCCUUCCGCCUACCUGGCCAACUACCCAGAGCCCCCAACAGACGCAGCAGUAGCAGAUGCCCGCAGAGAGCUCCAAGCCCAGCAAGAGCAGCUCUUAGCGCUCUCGGAAAAGAUUGCAUUCGCGGAAGACGCCCUGGCUCAGAUUGUCGUGGAGAGGAAGCGCGCUAUACGGGAUUUGAGACGCGAAAAGUUGGCUUUGGAGGAGAAGGUGAUUUAUACGAAGGCGUAUAUCUCUCCUAUACGGCGGUUGCCACAUGAGCUGCUCCGUCAUAUCUUUCUUUUCAAGUUCGAUGAUCAUCCUUGCUGUGCUUGGGUGCUUGCAUCGGUGUGCACGCUGUGGCGAAGACUUACGCUCUCGAUGCCGAGGUUGUGGUCAAAGAUAAGACUUGUAACCAAUCAAAGCGCAACUGCUGAUACGAUACGGCUUUGGUUGGAACGUUCUGGAGACAAGGUUCCGCUUGAUAUCGAGAUUUACUUGCGAGUGAAUGGGGUGUCUAGUGAGGGCUCAUCGACCCGUACUCGACCUGCCUCACCUACGCCGUGGCUGCAUCCCCCCAGCCCACCGCCCCAUUAUGUGAUCCCGCAUCCACCUGGAACAGCCAUGCUCCUCCCACCCGCGCAAACACCCAUCAUCGUCCCGCAGUCGCCUUCGCAUCACGACUCAUGGGGAUCACCACCUCCGCCUUCUUCAAGAAACACGCCCCAAGCGCAGCGGAACGCGCACUGGGGCCAUAUCGCGAUAUUCUACCUUAUCGAACAGAUGCAUCGAUGGCAACGGUUUGUCUUCAGGUUCGACAGACAGUUUCCAUCCAUGUCUGCGCUAAAAUCGAUAGCUGGUGAUGCUCCCAUACUUAGGGAAUUUGAGAUCUCGUGCGCCGAGACUAUUUAUGCAAGUGAAUGGCCAUGGAUACCGAGUUCAAGUCCGGCGACUAGUAUGGCGCUUGGGAAACUGGAGUCGUUGAUGUUACACCAUGUGCCGUUCAAAUGGUCAUCGCCGAUAUUCAAGACUAAUUUGCGGUCGCUCAAUCUUCGUUCACUCCCUUCGAACCAUCUUCCGCUGGAUCGGAUCAUGCAUAUCAUUGCGUGUAAUGCAGAUCUUGAAGCGCUUACGUUGCAUUUUGCUGUUGCGUUACCCGCUAUUCUUCCGCUUGUGCAGACGUCGUUGCCGCGGCUUCGGGAGCUCACGUUUGGGGGACAUUAUCAUAUGUCGCAGCUAGCGGACUCGCUUGUGCUUCCGUCGCUGGAGGUACUGAACCUGGACGUAGAAGCUCGUGACCCGAUAGAAGACACCAUUACGAACCUCCUCCAACGCUCGAACAACCCACCUAUCACGCGGCUCUCUGUUUCGUAUGGAUGCACGUCGAGCUCGACGCUGUAUUACGGACCUGGGGGAGUUGUGAUCUCAUGGGGAUUUUUGACGGACCUGAAUCAUCUGCAGUCGUUGAGUAUAGGGGGGACGCCGCUUGAGCCGUUUUUGUCUGCGCUCGGGAUGCCGGAUGAAGAACAGACGCACUGGGCGUGUCCGAAUUUGACGACUGUUGCGAUGAAGAGCUGUCAUGCGCAUUCUGAUGGGAUCGCGAAGCUCGUGCAGCUCGUGGAGGCGCGUAAUCCGGAGUCUGGAUCUGCGACGAUGGUGAAUGGGGUGAUCCCUACGCGGCUGCAGCACCUGGAGUUGUAUGACUGUGCGACGCUUGGGCAGGAUGUGAUUGAGUGGUUGAAGAAGCGGGUGGAUGAAGUUAUUUGUACUGAGCCUUCGUAUGUAAGGUCUCCUUGAGCGGUGGUUGUUUUUGUUGAUGAUGGGUUUUUAUUUAUUUUUUGUUUGUUUUUGCAGGACUCGCGGCUCUAGCUGUUGUGGAUUAGUUGCGUGUUUUUGAUUGAGUAGUAGUAAUAGUUUUUUUGAUUUUUGAUUUUGUGUAUUACCUUAUUUGUUAUUGGGUGGGCUGCGCUUGGCAGCGCCACGAAGGUUGUCCGUUCGGCGACCGAGAAGACGUUGGUCCGAUUUAUUACCACUCGAAAGACUUGGGUUUCGUGGGAUGGCGGUGAUAUGAUUGGUUAUGGUCUAGGGACUCUUGGAGUCUUGGUAAGAUCGAUAAUCAGCAGUACUAGUUUAGGCUUGUAGUCAGUGCUUGGCUUAUUACUUGGUGGCUGCGGACACCAAACACCUCCCCGAUAAGACUCAAUCGAGGUCACGGCGUCAAAGGUUUGUACAUAAAUAGUGGAGCUAAUUAUAUGAAAG